AUGAUCAAAAUCAGGGGUAUGCUACAACAACUCAUUGGGACAAAUGGAAAGAUGCAAGAGAAGUUAGUUGCACAUGAUUCAGCAAUCAAAGGCAUUGAAACUCAAUUGGGAAAGCUAUCUAUGACCUUGAACAAUCGCCCACAAGGAACGUUGCCUGCAGAUACAAACAUUAAUCCAAAGGAGAAGAACCCAAAUCAGCUCAUGGCAGUGAGUCUCAGGAAUGGGAGAGAUUUAGACAGGGAGCAAGAAGUUGCUCAAUCUAGGAGAGAGACAACGCCGACUGCUCCAGCUACCCCAGUGUCUGAUCCAGGUAGUUUCACUAUUCCAUGCACCAUUGGGAGUUAUGCUUUUGCUAAAGCAUUGUGUGACUUGGGGGCCAGUAUAAACUUGAUGCCCUUGGCAAUCUAUACAAAACUGGGCAUUGGCAGAGCUAGACCGACCUCAAUGUUGUUGGAACUGGCUGAUUGCACAGUCAAAAGACCGACAAGAAUUCUUGAUGAUGUGCUUGUUCAAGUGGGGAAAUUUGUAUUCCCUAUAGACUUUGUCAUUCUUGACUGUCAAGUGGAUGAGGAGAUACCACUCAUUUUGGGCAGGCCAUUUUUAGCCACUGGGAGAGAAUUGAUUGAUUGUGAGACUAGAGAAUUGAAAAUGAGGGAUCCGUUGGAAGCCUGCUUGAUGAAUCUGGAAAAUGUCGAUGGUGAGGAGUUGGCGGAGUGGUUCAUGGCUCUUGAAGGUCAAGGGUUCUGGAAAAGGGAACCCGAGUUCGAGCACCUACACUUAGAAGAAAGAACAACACCGCCUGCGAAACCAUCGAUAGAGGAGCCACCACAGUUGGACCUGAAACCGAGUCCAGCGUAUCUCAACAACUGGGUCAGCCCUGUUCAGUGUGUGCCGAAGAAGGAAGGAAUUACGGUUGUGCAAAAUGAGAAGAACGAGUUGAUCUCGACUCGAGCAGUCUUGGGGCAGCAAAAGGUUAAGCUGAUGCACCCAAUUUAUUAUGCAAGCAGAACGCUAAUCGGUGCACAACUCAAUUACACUGUGACGGAAAAGGAGAUUUUGGCUGUAGUUUUUGCAUUCGACAAAUUUAGGUCAUACUUCAUUGGUUCCAAAGAAUUCGAUCUGGAUAUCCGUGCCAGAAAAGGGACCGAGAACCAGGUAGCAGACCACCUCUCAAGGUUUGAAGGAGCUAAAAAGAAGGUAGAGGUUGAAGAUAUAACUGAGACAUUCCCGGAUGAACAGUUACUAGCAGUGAUAAUGGAGGAGACACCAUGGUGUAUUCCCGAGAAAGAUGAACCUUCUGUUUUGCAAGCUUGCCAUGCUUCACCAUAUGGUGGACACUUUGGAGGGAUUACGACAGUGGCUAAGGUGUUGGAAUCGGGUUUGUAUUGGCCAACCCUAUUCAAGGAUGCCCAUGCUUGGGUGAAAAGCUAUGAUGAGUGCCAAAGGACAGUUGACUAUGUCUCCAAAUGGGUUGAAGCUAUGGCUCUCCCAACCAAUGAUGCAAAGGGGGUGACUGGCUUUCUAAAGAAAAACAUCUUCACACGUUUUGGCACCCCAAGAGCUAUAAUCAGUGAUGGUGGAACCCAUUUUUGCAAUAGAGCGUUCGCACGGCUGUUGGAAAAGUAUGGAGUUCGCCAUAAGGUGACCACCCCUUAUCACCCACAGUCAAGCAGCCAAGUUGAAGUGUCGAAUCGGGAAAUCAAAAGUGUCCUGACCAAGACAGUGAAUGCGACAAGGACUGAUUGA